ACAAAAAACAAAAAUUUUACUACUUUUGUCACCAUUAACGUAAACUUUUAAUCCUCUGAUAACCCCAAUAUUUUAUAGAUGAUUUGAAAGUAAGAGAUUUUCUAAAACCCCAAAUUUUCAAUUUUUUUCUAAAAAAUCUCAAAAACCCAUCUUUGAUUUGCCCUGUUUCUUGAUUAAAAUUUUUCAAUUUAGCACUCUAAAUUGGGAGUUAAACCUUAAAGAUUUCUAAUUUAAGGUAUACUUUGAUCAAUUCUUUAGUUUCUUGGUUGAAGAAUGGCAACAUUAGCACCAGGGGUUCUAGUAAAACUUCUUGAUGGUUUAAAAACAGGGGUGAAACCCACGGGUGAGCACCGGAGCUCACUUCUUCAGGUAACCGAUAUCGUACCGGCCGAGCUCGAUGAGAAGAAUCUAUGGCCUAAACAUGGAUUCUACAUCAAAGUAUCCGAUUCUUCACAUUCCAUUUAUGUCAGCCUACCUUAUGAGCAAGAUGAUCUUGUUUUAAGCAAUAAAAUGCAGCUUGGUCAGUUCAUUUAUGUGGAGAAAUUGGAGCCUGGAUCGCCUGUUCCGAUAGCAAAAGGCGCUAAACCGCUACCGGGUAGACACCCUUUUAUGGGUACUCCGGAACCCUUGAUGGGUCUUAGAGGAAAGAAAGAAAAAACUGAGCAAAAAGUGGUGAUCAAUGGAACUCCAAGAAGAGGUUCUUGGGAAUUGAAUCAAAGUAAUGGGUUUGAUGGAAAUAUUAUUACUUCUCCCAAAUUAAAACCUGUUCCUUUAGAUUUUGAUCAAUGUACUCCAAUGAAAGAAAAGGGUAGUGCUGUAAAAUUUCAUCCUCCUCCAAUGUCUCCUAUGGUUAGGUCAGUAAAAAUGGUAAAAGAUCAUUGUAAUUCAGGAAUUAGGGCUUCUGUUGGGGGUAAUUUGCUGUCUUCAAAGUUUGAUUCAAGGGGUGAAAGUCCUGGUUUGAUUAGGAAAAGUUGUGUGACACCCACUACUUUGAAGUUUCCAAGGAGUAAAAGUGUCAAUGAAAGAGGGCCAAAGAAUACUUCCACUCCUAAUAAAUCUGAUAAGAAAAGUUGUACACCUCCACCAAGUCUAAGGAGAGAUGGGGGUUGUGUGAAUUCAGCAGUAAAUAUGCAGAAUUCUGCCAGUUCAAAGGCAACCCCACAACAGUUACAAUCACAAUCUAGUAACCCAACCUUUAAUUCUAACAGUGGCACAAGUUUAUCAGUAAAUUUACCAGGAAAGCUUGCUAUGCUUGGCAAAGAAGCCGUUCAGCAGAGAGAACGAGCUCAAAAGAUUGCGUUUCAGGCGUUAAGACAGUCUACCGCGACAGACAAUGUUGUCCGCUGCCUCAAGAUGUUUUCGAAUUUGAGCAAAUCAGCAAAGGCAGAUGCACCAGCAGCCUGCUUUGAUCAGUUUCUGGAAUUUCAAAAUCAAAUUACACAAGCAGUGACUGACAUGGUGUCAAUUCAAGCAGCAGCUUCCACCCUCGAAACCAAAUUAGAAAAAGAAGACGGUCCAAUCUUACACGAAAUAACACAUAAUUCCAUGGACCGAUUCCACGACAAUGAACCAAACAGCACCUCUAAGAGAAGACUAGCCUUGUACAAGUCCAUUGCAUCAUUUCCUGAAAGGGUGAGUGAAAUUCAGAAACCAAGUAACAAUGGGAGGGUCUUAAGGUCACAUUCAAAACCGAGUUUGGACAAGAAAGGAGAAUGCAACAACUUCGAAAAUGAUGAAAACAAGCAGCCUGGUGCAGAUUCAGGGUGCUUAAGCAGCAUGAUCAAGCUGUGUAAGCAGAUAGAAUCAGAAGCUGGGAGUUGGUUUAUGGAGUUUAUAGAGAAGGCACUCGAAAUGGGAUUGAAGAAAUCGAAAAGCAGAUCUGAUGCUGAUGUUCGAAAAGUUCCUCAAGCACUUAUCCUUAAGGUUAUGAACUGGGUUGAGGUUGAGCAAAGUGAUUCUAGCAAGAGACCAGUUCAUCCUAAGGCUUCUCAAAUUGCAAGGAAAUUGAGAAUCAAAGUGAAGAACCCUUAAUUCUUUGGAAUAGUUGGGAUUCUUUUCAUUGCAUAUUGUAAUAUGAUUCAAUUCAAUGGUAUUGAAAUUAUGAUCAUUCUUUUAUUUGUUGUAGAUCAAUUUAUGAGUGGUGAUUUUAGAUUGUAAAAUAAGAUCAAUUGUUGAUUAGUGUUUAAGAUGACAAUGAACUUGUGUGUUGUUAGGAGUUAAGAUGACAAUAAACUUCUGUCAUGCCUAAAGGAACUUGGCCCAAUUGGACCUUCUUUGUAAUACUAACACUAUAAAGGAGUUGAUUCUUGGUUGU